AUGCUGCUCCCAUGCAUAAACCCACCACUGGGCGGCGGCGUGGGUGAAGGAGGAGGUGAUGAACCAGGCCCGCCGGCUGGAGGAGGAGAUGUUGCAGGCGGCGAAGCUGUAGACGGGCCGGGUGAUCCCUCCGACGGAGGAGGCGCAGGUGGUGAGAUAACAGUUGGUGAGCUAGCCGGGCUUGGGCUCAUUGAAGGAGUGGCCGCUGGUGGAGGUGACGAUACCGGCGAGGUAGUCGGGGAUGGCGAAAUUGAGGUAGUCGGGGAUGGCGAAAUUGAGGUAGUCGGGGAUGGCGAAAUUGAGGUCGGUGGGGUUGCUGGCGUGGCCACGCUUGGUGGUGGGGUUGCCAUAGUUGUUGGGGGAGUGGCGGUGGGGGGCGUUGCGGUGGAGGGGGGAGACGCUGGAGAGGUGGAGGGGGACUGA